CUGCCUGUGGGUGGUUCCUAGACUCCGGAGUUGGAAAACCUGGGAAUGAAAGGGCGCUCUGAUGGCAUCUAUUUCCAUCCGCCUGCAAGCGCGCUUUCUCCGGGAAAACCAGUCCUCUCUGCUUGUCCUCGUUUUCCAACAGUGCGCACUGUCUUCUCGUAUUAAUUAAAAGGGCUUCAGUGGCGUUUGCGGCAGGGAGCUGCGGAAACGGACCGUAAAAUGCAGUCACUCUGGUGUGCAAGAAGCAUCCGUGGCUCCCUAGUGCCCCUGAGAGAAAACGUCAUUUUUCUGGGCACUUAAAACCUACCCAGUCUGAAGUUUCUUUUGGCAGCUGUAGAGAUUCCGAAGGCUGGAAGCCAAAAGCAUUACAAGGCUAUCCAGGCCAGAGGUGUUGAAGGCCUCAAGUCCAGUGUAAACUGAGAAAAGGAGGCUGAAAGGAAAGCUGUGAGGGAUAACUGACGAGACCCGGUGACUGAUGGGCAGUGCGGGAGAGGAUGUCAAGGAUGACCCAGAGAGUAUGGAUUUGGUGCUUCUCACUCCACACUUCUGUCAUAAGGUGUGCCAGCUUUCUUAGAAGACCAUGCAGAGAGCCUCACGCCUCAAGCGGGAGCUGCACCUGUUAGCCACAGAGCCACCCCCAGGCAUUACCUGCUGGCAGAACGCAAAUCAAAUGGAUGAUCUCCGAGCUCAGAUUUUGGGUGGGACCAACACACCCUAUGAAAAGGGUAUUUUCAAGCUGGAAGUCUCCAUUCCUGAGAGGUACCCUUUUGAACCUCCAAAGAUACGCUUUUUGACUCCCAUCUAUCAUCCUAACAUUGAUUCUGCAGGGAGGAUCUGCCUGGAUGUCCUCAAAUUACCACCAAAAGGUGCUUGGAGACCAUCCCUGAACAUUUCCACUGUGUUGACCUCCAUCCAGCUGCUCAUGUCAGAGCCCAACCCCGAUGAUCCCCUCAUGGCUGACAUAUCCUCAGAGUUUAAGUACAACAAACCAACUUUCCUCAAGAAUGCCAGAGAAUGGACUGAAAAGCAUGCUCGUCCAGGGCAAGAGUCAAAAGAGAAUGAGGAGGUGGAAAAUCUACCAGCACCCAGUAACCCCAGAGUUGCAGAAGUGCCACAGAAAAGAAAAGGCUCCAAGCUGGGGGGACCAGAGAAGAGACUUUGUUCUGAUGUUUAAGGAGCCCAUCCCAAGCUGUUGCAGCUGAGAGCAUUCUGCUUCUGUCAAGGGCACUGAUUUUGUCUCAUCUUUUUGAAUGUUUUUCUUGGUCUUUGAUGAGAGUUGGAAUGGUUUUUCUCUUACAAAACAGGCCUUGUAUAUUUAUAUAUACUGCAGUAGACUAAUUCUCUGAAUGUAAUUUGUUGUAUUUAUCUUGUACAUAUGUAUUUUGAAACCUUUAACCUGAAAAAUAAAUAAUCAUUUAACAUU